ACAAAAUUUGCUACAGAGGUCCUGCCUGGUUCCAAACAUAAACAUUUAAUUUGUUUUGGAGUGUAAAAAUAGUAAUAUUAAAUUGAUUAAAAUGAAGUUGUGGGGAGACAUAACAAAAUAAGUUCACAUAACUUAACGUUUAGUGUUUUACCCCGAAGAUUUCGUGGAGCUGAUCUCAAGCUCGACUUGCUCUGAAAAUGGACAAUUUGUCACUUAAAAAAUUGUCCGUCGAGGCAAUUAGAGGACUUUGCAGAAUUUGCGAGACUUCCGAUAUUACGCUAGAUAUUGUGCAGGAACAAGAACUUAACUUGGCGUCUAAAUUGUACAGUGUUACAGGAGUAAAGGUGAACUUGGCCGAUGGAUUACCGACGUCCUUAUGUGGUUCUUGCGUUAAACAACUUAACCUCACGUAUGAAUUUAAAGAGCGGUGUGUACGAUCGGAAGCCAAAUGGAGGAAAUUUGUCAUGGACAAUCAAAAGAAUGAUGUAAAGGUAGAGCCGGAAAUGAUCGAAAUCAAAGAAGAGUACAACAGAGAUCACUUUGAAGAAAACGAUAACGAGGUAUCAGUGUCUAGUUCAAAAAUAAAUGCGCACAAAUCAAGUAAAGACGAAAUCUUUAGAAAACGUUCUAAAUACAAUUGCGAAACAUGUGGUGAAGCUUUCAACGGUAAGGAAGAUUACAACAAGCAUAUAAAAACACACGGUUCGCAACGAUUUCAGUGUCAAAAAUGUUCGAAAUGGUUUAAGCAUAAAUAUCUCCUCAAGGAUCAUCGCGAAGAACGAUGUGAAAACCUUGUGAAAUUGCAUUGCAAAACGUGCUUUCAAUGGUAUUCGAAUCGCGCCAACCUCAGGCGCCAUGUUUUAGAACAGCACGAAGGACUUAAACCGUUCGAAUGUGAAACAUGCGGUAAACGUUUCACACAAAAAACUGUCUUGCAAUCACAUCGUUUAGUCCACCAAGCCUACACAUUUUCUUGUGAACAUUGUCCAAAACAGUUCAAACUAGAAAAACUUUUACUCCAGCACAAGCAAACCCAUCUACCACCGGAACUACGCGAUCCUGAUAUAGUACGUCGGCCUCGGAAUCAAGUAAAAAUAUGCAUUUGUCCGUACUGCGGAAAGAUAUCAAGAAGUUUAGCAGUUCACAAUGAUCAUGUUAGAACUCACACUAAAGAAACGCCAUUCGCCUGCGAGUUCUGUCCAAAAAAGUUUAAAUCAAAAUCAGCGCUAAUUUCACAUCAGUUAAUACACACCGGCAAAAAACCACACACAUGUAAAACAUGUGGUGCAAGUUUCCGGCAGCAGGCUCACCUUAAAACCCAUAACCUGUUGCGGCAUAUCAAGGAGAAAAAGUUCGCUUGUGUGAUCUGUUCGAAGGCGUUUGCGUUGAACGGCAACCUCACACAGCACAUGAAAAUCCACAAGGAUACACUUCCCAACGUUUCAAAUAGUUUGGAGAGGCCGGAAAAUUCUUGCUCAUGAUUGUAUAACUUCCUAUUAGGCUUACAUUUAGAUGAGUCGGCAAGUCAUACAUCUCAUGUGAAAUAAAUAUAAACUCCAAUGCCUCUUCAA